AUGGCUAAUGAUUGGGACCUGUUCGCCAUUGUCAGAAGCUGCUCAGCCGCUAAGUAUCCAAAGAGGGAUGGCAAUGACGGAAAUGACGAAGUGGAGAAGAGUUUAUUCAACUUUGAUGGGCUUUUCACUUCUGGUAAUUACGAAGAUGAUGUAAGAAAUAAAGGCGAUGAUCCUUUCGACGAACUGCAAAAUGUCUACAGACCAUUCUACCGGAAGGCCCAGCCUGGUGGGGUCUCCAUUUCUGUUGCUGUCGCAGAGGAUUCUGCCGGUGGGGGGUCGGAAAACAAACACCAACGGGCAGAAUGUCAAUCCCACCAGGAGAAACCAGAACUGCCGCAGCGGCAACAGCAGGGGGGCAAGACCGAGAAAAAUGGGGUUGGUUCUGGCCGAAGAAUUCCAUCCCAAGCCCCCGGAAGAAGGAGGAAGAGCCGGCCAAGGCUGAUGAUGAGAAUCAACGCCAAGACCCUUUCAAGGGACUCGUGGUCUUGGCGGAAGUAUGGGCAGAAGCCAAUCAAGGGAUCCCCAUAUCCAAGGAACUACUAUCGCUGCAGCACCUUGAAGGCUUGCUCUGCUAGGAAACAAGUAGAGCUCAGUCAAGACAACCCCGAGGAGUACAUCGUCAGCUACAUAGGUGAUCACAUCCACGCCCGCCCCACCACCCGGAGAUCCCUUGCCGGCACAGCCAGAAACCCUCCACCGGCCGCCCCCACCUCCGUCACAGAUCUCUCACCAACCACACCAUUGACUGCUCAUUACAACAACAAAACCCAAAAGCCAGACACGGAGAAUGAAAACGAAAACAGUGAGCCAAUGUUUGAAGACGAAGAAGAAGAAGAAGAAGCUGAUAUUCUCACAACAAACAUGCAGAUGUCAGAAGAAACAUUCAUGGCCAUGCAUAUACUAAACUCAAGAGCUUCACAACCGACCAUCGCCGAACCUCAUUCUCCGGCCAAAAACUCCAUUAACGCAGCCGGAAGCUCCGAUUAG